AUGGUCGAAGCCGAGCCGAGCCCCAAGUUGUGCGAACCUGUUUUUGGGUGCACCGGGGGCGCGGCUGCUUUUUUGGGGGUGGCGGUGGCCGAGCCAGAAGACAAGGAACCUGAAGAGAAGGGGAUUGAAGACAAGGAGGAGAUCGUCGAGUUGGUCCGCCCAGAGAUGCUGGAGGAGUGGCGAAGGCAAACCGCCAUGGAGUACAACCGCAUGAUUACCGAGAGCAGGCGUAUGCAUGCGGAGAGCUUCACGCGUGCGGGGCCUGCAAAUCGCUACGGUGAGUUAGGAGAGCUUCCUGCCUUCGAAGAAGGCAGGCAUGUGCCGACCUUGGCGCUGAUUAAUCCUAUGCCGGACACCCAAGACCGCCCAUCGGGAACUGGAGAGAAGCGAGGCAACGGACGAGGCCGGCCCUCCUCCCGACCUCGCCCUGUCCGCAUUGCACGUUCAGUGCGGGAGGAGAAGCGGCCUCCACGCAGACGGAAGGAACGUUCGCCCAGGUUUGCCGGAGAAGAUUUUGGUUUUAUCCGCAACCAGAUGCACGAGGCAGCCCUGAGAGGAGAUUUGAACAGGGCUGCAGAGUGCUUUCAAUGGCUUGGUGCGAAUCCAGACUUUGUCGUUGACGGCAAUGCCAUCACCACCGUCAUUCAAGCCGCUGCCAACGGAGGAAACUUCCAGGGUGCUCAAGCUUGGUUUGGAAAGCUCUUGGAUUAUGGCCUAAAUGCAACUAUUGCCUCAUAUACUGCUGUGAUUACAGCUGCGGCUAAAAAUGGAUUGAAGAACGAGGCCAAGGAGUGGUUUGAGGCCAUGCAAUACGAUCAAAUCAAACCAGAUACAGCGGCUUUUGGCGCAGUAAUGUCCGCUUUCGCCAAUUCUGGAGACUUGAUCGAGACAGAGAACUAUUUGGAUAUGAUGAGUGCGCGUGGCUUGAAACCCAAUCGGAUUAUCUUUGGGAUAGUGCUUCGUGCCGCGUCAAGGACAGGAAAUGAAGCCACUGCACUGAAAUGGUUUGAAAGGAUGAAGAAGGCUGGCAUGAAACCAGGUGUCAGGGAGUUCACUGAGCUUAUCAAUCUAGCAGGGCGUCAGGGGAACGUUCUCGCAGCCGAGAACCACUUCAAUAAUAUGCUGGAAGCAGCCGUGGUGCCAGACAAGAUUGCCUACAGCUCUGUCAUGAAAGCAGCAACCAGGGCGAAGGAUGUGGACCUUGCUGCUGCCUAUUUCAAGAGAAUGAAAGAUUGCAAGAUGAUUCCCUCGGCGGUUGCCUAUGUUACUUUGAUGAGAGGGUUGCUGAAUUCAGGCAAGUAUGAUGAAGCCUUUGGCAUAUUUAGAGAGAUGCAGACAGCAGGGCAUGCCAGCAACAGCAUGGACUACAAUGAUGCAUUCACGUGCUUGUGGCAUUUAAAGCGAGAGGACGAGAUUGAGCCGCUGCUGCAGGAAAUGCUGUCGAAGAAAGUGAAACUGACUGGCACUUGCGUGACAACUCUCCAGACAGCACUGGGGAGAAACGCAUAUCUUGAUCUGCGCCAGAAAUAUCAACUGGACGCACACCAGGACCAAGGCAAUAGGCAAAUUGCAUCAAAAAUCAAGCGAAAACAAGAUGCAAAACUUGAGAACAUGCUUCGGGAUCAGAUGAAGGCCAAGCUUCGUAGUCCUGAGCCGCAGGCCGUUUGCAAGGAAUAUCUCCUUGUGCCACCCAAUGGAUGCGAGUGCCAAGGAGGAUCGGAGUCGGAGAAUGUGGAAAAGAUGGCAGCUGUUGGUCUUGUGGGCCCAAACUUGGAAUGUAAAUGGUUGCAUACCCAAGCGGACCAGCUCGAACCAGCUCGAAUGUGGACCAAGGGACUCACCGGCCAGCAAGAGCCCAGAUCUAGGUCUGGUGCAGCUGCUGGGAUGGAUAUUUUGCAGGUGGCCAGGCGUUGCGAUUACUACAAGGAACGAUUCUUCAACAUUAUCGAUGUUGUCAAAGGCCAACAUCGAGGUGGGCUGCUUGAUGUGUUCAGGAUUGAGCUGUGCAAGGCCAAAGCAGAAGCUCAAGAUAUUGGGAUGAGGCCGCGACUGAUUUCAGGUGGCGGAGACGGAACUGGGUCUUUCGCCAUUUUCAUGAUUUUCCUGGCGUUGAAGGCUGAUUCUUCUCGAGCGCAUGAGGGUCUGGAGGACACGGGGAAUGGUUUCAUUUGGACCGACGAAGAGAUGGCAGAGAGUUUUCCAGCCAUCGCGCAGAUGCCUUUAGGCUCUGCGAAUGACUUUGGAAACAUUCUGGGUUGGGGCCAGAAAUAUCCGGGCGACGUGAUGUGCGGCUCUGGCCCCUGCGGUGCACGAGAGGCGGCCUUGUACCAGCUGCAGCGGUGGAUCAGCGCCGUGAUCGAUCCCAAGAGCCGCAUCGUGAACUUCGACGUCUGGGGGUUUAUGCCUCCCAAGGGCUCGGACCAAUGUAACUUCAAGCUCGCUGAGCUGACCGGCCAACGAGGGCGGAACCCCAACCGCAAGAUCGAUGGGAAGCAUCAGGUGGUGCUCAAGCAGGCCGGAAAACCUGUGCCGUUCUUUGUGUGCUUGUACUUCUCAGCCGGCAUCGGAGCCUACAUGACGUCGCGCUUCCAGAUCAACCGGCGGAAGACGCCGCUGAGGAAUCGCGCGGAGUACGUGAGACAAUUGCUUGGUAUUGUCUUGGAGUCAAAUCCACCGCAAUUGGCGGGGCGGCUGAACGGCGUCACCAUCGACUGCGAGGAUCGACCGUAUUUCCCUCCUCGUCGGCACCUGGCCAACCAGAGCAGGAAGUAUCGCGAGGUGGGCUUUUACAACAUCAAUUGGCAGGCUCACGGCUUGCAUGGCAAAGACCGCGCUCCUUUGGGCAGCCGGCUUUGUGGCUGCUGCGCCAGUCGACAACCGGUGACCUUCAAUGAUGGGAAGAUCGACAUGUUUCGGUGGAAGUUUGCGUCCUUCUUCAAGAACCCAGGAGUCACAAUGCAGACAGACAAGAAGGAGGACAUGCUCCUGACCUUCAGCGCUGGUGCGGGCAAGGGCGUCUUCUUCCAAUGGGACGGAGAGUCGCGCUUUGCGUUCAACCCCAAGGGCGAGGACUUUCAGAUCUUCAUUCGCAAGGUGUUAAACGUUCCCGUGGUGAUUGGGCCCUGGGUGAACACCGGACUCACUGGGAACUUGGAUAAUGGCGAUCCUGUGAGCUUUUCCUUCUGUGGCCGGACGCCUGAGGAGGUGGCAGCUGUGAAGAGGCGUGCUCUUCAAGCUGUUUCUGGACAUUUAGAUGCCGAGCUGAAUGCCAGCGCUGAGGAGCUCCAAGCUGCGGGCAUGCACUCGACAGGGGGAGGAAUGACCGUUGGAAUGCUAGUCGUCUACUCGUGA